AUGUUACCGUAUAUCGAUUCGACUUUCCAAUAUGCCUCGACGAUUUUAGGGGCUACACCGGACGAAAUCAAGCUCAUCACGACCUUCUUUCUUUCGUUUCCACUCGCCGGCCUCUUAAGAUGCAUCCCUCACAACAAACCCCACUGGAAGAACCUAUUUAAUAUUAGUGUUUCUUUAUUCUAUCUCGUAGGCCUUUUUGAAUUAUGGACUGGUCUAAGGACUCUUUUUAUAAGUUCAGCAUUCGCAUAUGUUGCGGCCAAACACCUAAAGAGAUCAUCAAUGCCAUGGAUUGUUCUUGCAUUUGUCAUGGGACACAUGUCCAUUAACCAUAUUACUCGUCAACUCAUCAAUGAUCCAGGGCUCGUAGACAUUACUGGUGCCCAAAUGAUCCUCGUCAUCAAGCUUUCGUCUUUUGCUUGGAACGUGGCCGAUGGACGAAUUGCCGACAAAAAUCUUUCCAGUGCGCAAAGAGAAAAGGCUAUUCGUCAGCUUCCUGGGAUUUUGGAUUUCACAGGAUAUGUCUUAUUCUUCCCCUCCUUGCAUGCGGGUCCUGCUUUUGACUACAUGGACUAUAAGCGCUGGCUCGAAAAUACUGUAAUCAAUGCACCCAACGACAAAGAUUACGCGGCGAAAACCGGCCAGAAAAAGAAUAAACACCCCCAGAGUUUGGUGCCCGCCCUGCGAAAAGGUGCCAGCGGCAUUAUCUGGAUCCUAAUGUUCAUGAAAUUGUCAGCUGUCUACUACCCAGACUUCUACCUCGGCGACGAAUACCUGGCUCUGGGCUUUCUACGACGGGUUUGGAAUCUUCACAUGCUCAUUUUUACCAGCCGCCUCAAAUAUUAUGGAGUUUGGGCCCUAUCAGAAGGUGCCUGUAUUCUUGCUGGGUAUGGUUACGAUGGUAUCGAUCCCAUUACCGGAAAGGCUUCCUGGAAUCGUUUACGACAUGUGGACCCUAUAGGCGUAGAGACAGCUCAAAAUACCCGCGCAUACUUGGGGAGUUGGAAUAUCAAUACUAGUAAUUGGCUACGGAACUACAUUUAUCUCCGGGUCACUCCCCCGGGCAAGAAGCCUGGAUUUUGGGCCAGUAUGGCUACUUUUGCCACUAGCGCUCUCUGGCACGGCUUUUAUCCUGGGUACUACUUCACUUUCAUCCUUGCUAGUUUUGUCCAAACUGCAGCAAAAAAGUGCCGCCGUUACUUCCGUCCCUUCUUUCUUGAUCCACAGACUUCUAAUCCAACUGUCUUGAAACCCUAUUACGACAUCUUAUCUUUCCUCGUAACCCAGGCAACUUUUUCUUUCGUCACUGCGCCAUUUGUCUUUCUAACACUCGAUUCAUCAUUGAAGAUAUGGUCGGGCCUAUACUUCUACGGUGUAAUUGGUACCGCCUUAUCCAUAUUAUUCUUCGAAUCACCAGCUACAGAGUACCUAGAGCGAAAGCUUGCUAUUCGGGCUGGAACGAAAAAGCCCAUCAUAUCACGAACAAAAUCCUCUGAAAGUGCUUCAGAACCGGUAAUAGGCAUACCCGCGAUCCAGGAGGAGAAGAUCAAAGAUUUGUUGCAGGACAUCAAGAUGGACGUGACAAAAAAUUGA